CCGAGGCCAAGCUUCGCGGGGAGGAAAAGAAGAAGCCGACACCCCGCGAGGCGGAACGACGUGAGGGGCGUCUCCAUCGAGGUGGCAGCAGACGACGAAGGUAUCCACGUCGAAAUGGCAGGCCAAGGGGUUGGACCUGCCAGCAGAGCAACGGUCGGGAUCGCCGACGCAACGGUACCACACUACAGGAUCAGCAGACACGAUUGCCGUCGGGAUCGCGUUCGGGGCCCUCGGACAAGGUAGCCUAGCGCGUGCGGCCUAGGGACACAACGUAGCGUGAGGCAAAAGGUUUCUAUUCUUGAUUCCCUCUUUUUUUUGGAGGGGGGGGAGGGGGGGGUCAACUCAAUUUUUCGGUGUGGGGGGUUUCGGAGAAAUGUUUGUGCUCAACUCAGCUGGCGUUUCCUCAUCGUCGUCAUGUUUAGCGGGGGCGAUGCGAUUUGCCCACCAUAGCCGCCAUCACCAUGGUUACAGCUUGAAGGAGCUUCGAUACAAAAUUGCUUCGUCGUCGUCGUCGUCGUUGUCUCUUUGGUCGUCAGGAGGUUUAUCUUCGUUGCCUUAUCUGAUCUUACCCUGUCGAGGAACGAGAGGGAGGAUUGGUUUAUCGUCGAGGGACGAUAAUCCGUUGUUGUACCCAUUCUCAGCCAACGAAACUUUCCUCUUUCGGCGUUCAGCGUUCCUUUUCGGGCGAUUCCCACAGCAGGCACCGUUGUGGUGGGGAAGAGGCAGCGGCAGCAACAACAGCGGCCUCCGUACAAUCGCCAGGGUUGGCGGAUUGGGAGGCCCGGGAUUGGGAUCGGGAUCGGGAUCGAAUCCGGGUACGGCUGCAAGGUUCGAUCUUGCUGCGGUUUCUUCGUGCGCCAGCAGUUUCGUCGAUCCUGCGGCUGAACCUGGUCUUGAUCUUGAACCUGCCGCCACUGCCAGUGCUAUUUUUAGUUCGGCUAGCUGCAUACAGGACAUAGCCAUGACCUCGGAGCAAAUCCAACAGAAGUUAAUGAAAGAAGAAGGGGAGGGGGAGGGGAAGGAGGAGGAGGAGGUGGUGGUAGACGAUGGAGCAGACUUGAUCCCUUUCUCAUCGGCAACGAAAGAGCAGGUAGAGACACGUGGCGUUGUAGUUGGCCACGUGUCACGCAACAAGCAGAUUACUGCAGAAGCCAUCAAUCCGGAACGGGACAAAGGGAACGGACAUUUCAUCAUGGAUAAGCCUGAGCAAGCUGUAUCUCCUUUUGAUACUGACUCAAGAACCACGAAUGGGUCAUGUACUGAGUUUGAGAAGGUAUAGGGUUUAAUGGAUUUAAAUCAACAAGCACAACUAUAUUCAAAUAAAGGGGGUGGCUGAGAUAGGGCUACAUUACCAUGGUAUAGCCUGAGCAAGCUGUGUCUAGAGCCUGAGCAAGCUGUGUCUCUUUUAUUACUCACUCAAGGAUCAGGGAUGGGUCUUGUGCUGGUUCUGAGAGGGUAUUGGUUCGAAGGGUCAAAUGGUCAGACACACAUAUAUCUAAACAAGGGGGCUGCUGAGACAGGGCUGGGUUUUUAGAUAAGGGAUGCUCCUAAGAAGGGAUGGGUGACACUAGCAGCUUCAUGGGAUAUCGGAGCCCCAAGCCGAG